UGAUUUUGCGAAGCCAACGUCCUUGACAUGCCCGUGGCCUCUGUGAACUCAGAUUCUGACGUCUGUCAAAAAAAUAGCGUUGGCACCUGCAAACAGCCCUUUAAGAAGCAACCGAUCAGCUUCAUUUGACUUCAGCUCCACCCAGCUGUAUCCAGCUGGUCCACACGAGGGCAAAUAAAAGGCCGGAUCUGUGGAGGGGCCACGAACUUCUUUCCUCGCUGUCCCAGUAGGCAGAGGUGGAGCUGAGAGGAGUGACAAGAGGUGUUGCGCUGGCCUUAGGAUGGCCCCAGGAGACAAAAGGAUGUGGGUAGAUCUGGCAGCCUGGGUCGAAGAGAACCUGGAGCUGGCGUAGGACUCACUGAGCUUCAACGAUGGUGUCCUGCUUGGAGAAUUAGCUCAUAUGGCAGCUGUUAGGCCCCUGCCAGCUCCUGAUGGAGCUGUGCAGCAGGCUAUGGACACGUUGAGCGACAGCCCGUGCUCCACCACUGCAAAUGAUCUUGACCUGAUCUUCCUCAAGGGCAUAAUAGAGAGCCCGGCAGCGAGCGAGAGCCCGGAGGAGAACAAGCUGGAGGCGGUGCGGGGCAAUAGCGUGGAGCUCCUGCAGGACAUUCUGAGGGACCUGGAGCUGUUCACAGAGCAGAGCAAGGUGGCUGAUGAGCUGUUCAGCAUAUUGAAGGAGCCCCACUUCCAGUCUCUUCUGGAAACGCAUGAUUUGGUCGCCUCCAAAAGCUAUGAAAGCCCCCCAGCCAGCCCCUGUGUUUUCAUGGAUGCCAAUCAGAACUGCCCAAUAAUGCCAUCUGAUGCUAUCAGAAUGGUGGGCAUUCGCAAAGUGUCUGGGGAGCACCUGGGUCUGACAUUCCGAGUGGAAAAUAGCGAUCUGGUGAUCGCAAGAAUCUUGCACGGUGGGAUAGUGGACCAGCAGGGCCUGCUGCACGUCGGUGACGUUAUCAAGGAGGUCAACGGGAAGGAGGUGGGUGACGACCCAAAGGCGCUGCAAGAAAUGCUGCAGGAGGCCAGCGGGAACGUCGUGCUUAAAGUGCUGCCAAGCUACCAGGAGCCACAGCCACCACGUCAGGUGUUUGUCAAGUGUCACUUUGACUAUGAUCCUGCCCAUGACAGCCUGAUCCCCUGCAAAGAGGCAGGGCUUAAGUUCAGAAAUAAAGAUAUUCUGCAGAUUGUUAACCAGGAAGACAUCAACUGGUGGCAGGCACGCCAUGUCGAGGGUGGGAACGCAGGCCUCAUUCCCAGCCAGCUCCUGGAGGAAAAGAGGAAAGCAUUUGUAAAGAAGGAUAUGGAGCUGGCAUCUGCAGGCUCUCUCUGUGGUGGAAUGGGGGGGAAAAAGAAGAAGAAGGUGAUGUACCUGACAACGAAAAACGCAGAGUUUGAUCGCCAUGAGCUGAUGAUCUAUGAAGAGGUGGCAAAAAUCCCCCCGUUCCGACGCAAGACUUUGAUACUGAUCGGGGCUCAGGGGGUGGGCCGACGCACUCUGAAGAACAGGCUUCUCGUGUCGGACCCUCAGCGCUAUGGGACCACCAUCCCCUACACCUCUAGGAAGCCCAAGGCAAGCGAAAAGAAUGCGCAGUUGUAUCGUUUCGUGACUCGCGGCGAGAUGGAGUCAGACAUCAAGAACGGACGAUACCUGGAGCAUGGGGAAUAUGAUGGAAACUUGUAUGGCACCAAGAUUAAUUCAAUCCAUGAAGUGGUAGAUGCUGGCAAGAUGUGCAUCCUGGAUGUAAACCCCCAGGCACUCAAAGUUCUCCGAACAUCAGAAUUUCUACCUUUUGUGGUCUUCAUUGAGACUCCCAGCUUUGAAGUUCUGAAGGCCAUGAAUAAAAACGCCAUGGAAGCAGGAGUUGUCACUAAGCAGCUGACGGACAGUGAGCUUAAGAGGACAGUAGAAGAGAGCAGAAGGAUUAAGCAAGCCUAUACCCAUUACUUUGACCUCACCAUCGUCAACGACAACAUGGAUGGAGCCUUCCGGGCCUUAAAGAGGUCACUUGAGAAACUGGGGUCGCAGCCUCAGUGGGUACCAGUCAGUUGGGUCUUUUAGACCACAGCUCACAGAUUGUAUUUGAGUAAGGAGGACAGAGAAGUUGGACCAACCAGUCAAGAACAACCAAAAGACCUCUUCUCCUUGGUGAAAUAGCUGCAUCCAACAAGAGCAAUCCCACUUUGUCGAGGUUCAGUGUGCAAAAGAGACGGGUGUACUUUUGUACAGAUUCUUUAUUCUGGAGUUAUUUCUUGUUAACUUUAUAUAAAAAGCAUAGAAAUUGCUAUAUCUUUACCAUGGUAUAAGAACUUAUUGGGGGACCAAAAAAUAUGAGCAAUAGUAUUCGCAAUAGAGUUAUACACAAAUACCAGGGAGGACAAAUUAGACUUAUCAAGGGGAACACAUCCCUUCUGUUAGGCCAGUGUCUGAACUGUAACAACAGGUUUAUUGUAUAUUGAAUCAGUACAUGGUGAUUUUGCCCAUAGUGUAUGCAUGUGCGAAUGAAUCGGUGUGGGUGAUUGCACUACAAUAAGACUGGCGUUCUGUCCGGAGUGUGUCCUGCCUUGUGCCGUGUGUUCCCCGUGUUGCCAGAACUCUUGAGCUAGACAAGUGGUUACUGGCAAUGAAUCAAUGGAUGAAUGAAUGACUCCUUUGUGCAUCUGGACACAAGCGCUCAGCAUUCAUAAGCAAUGGGCCCUUGAGGUUGAUUAUUUUAGUAUACAUGCUAGAAAUUUGGGUUUGGAUAUGAAUGAGUGCCCCAAUGUGUAUUACUACUUAUUUUUAGGUAUUUUGUUGCGUAUGUGUGUAUCAGGCAUCUACCACACGAAGGUAAGCAACUCAAUAUUUUAGCUAAUUGCCAAAUUUUUUAUAAGCCAUCUCUUCCUCUAAUUAUUUUCCUCAAACAAGUGAAUGAUGAUAAUGUUCCACACCCGCAUGUAAGUCAAUCGGUUAAACAAUUAUACAGAUUUUAUUACUAAAUUCGACCGAAACCCAUACGCUUUACAGGAAUAAAUGUUAUUGCAGUUGUAUUGGAUCUGAGCUGAACUGGUCCAUCUAAGUCUUGGGUCUGUCAUCGGAAUCUGUCCUUGUGUCUGCAUAUAAUUUGGUUUUUCUUCUCCUCCAUGGUCAAGCAUCAGAUUUUCCAGUAUACAGACAUUUUGAUACUGCCAACGUUAGUAACAUUUAAGGAUGAGUAAAGCAAGGAGACAGCAGUAAAUGACCAACUCGUGACAGUAAACCACCGCAUGAAUUUCAAAUGAAUCUAAAGGUUUGUCAGUGUCUUCGUCAGGGAGCUGUCAGCCUGGAUUUGCCUUUCAUAACUCAUGUCCCUUGAGAAUGUCGUGACCCUUCUCUCGCAAAUUCUAUUGCUUUUGGCAGUUUCCGAAAAAACAGAACAGGCAGCAAUUAUACAUUACACUGAUUGCAAAUAACUAUACAGGAAGCAACAUCUGUAGCAUUUUAUUCUCUAAAGUCCAUUCUCAAGUGCGUUUUUUAAAUAGACAUGAAAUACUGUAAACGUGUCAUUUUAGGCCGAUAUUUUUAGUUCUCUUUGUAAGCAGUAAUAUAGUGACUGAAAAUACAUUUUAUGAGGGAUUUAAAUGUGAAUUCAGUCCUCAGUAUUAUAGUGUUGGAGUACAGCUAGUCUGAUGUAUCACUAAUGUUACUUAGCUUUGUUAUAUUUAUUGUAUUAUUUCAAUUUUUAUGAUUUUGUGAUUUUUGUUUGCAGUAGUUUGAUGUUAUUUUGAGAUUGGAAGUUUUCAGUCAACAAAAACUGCAAUGUAGUGCUGGAAUGG